AUGAAGGAAAGAAGCAAAAAUAGUAAUAUCAGUAAUAGUAAUAGUAGUAGUGAUGUCAAUUCCGGCUUUAAUGUCAAUAUUGAAAAGCCAAGAUUGCGGUUUCCACGGCAAUACUUUCAUAGAUGGAUGAUGGUACUUUAUCUAUUUAUAGUUCUUUCCAUACUCCAUAGUGGUAGUGCCUUAUCUUUACAUGCUACUCGUAGUCGUAAUGUCUACAAUAAAUCCUCAACACCUUCAUCAUCUUCAUCAUCUUCUUUUUCUCUGCAUGGAGUUACAACAGAUACACAUGAUCAUCAUCGUAAUAGUGUUAUUUCCACAAGUGUGAGUUUUGUGGGUUGGACGGCCAGUGCGGUGAAGUUAGAAAAUACGGGUAUUCUCCCUUCUGCGGUUGUGAUGGGCCGUUAUUUAUUUAUUAUGGGAGGUGCCAAACUUUCUCCAUGGUUUACGGAAUUAGAGGAAUUCCUUAAUGAUUAUGCCUUACGUACAGUAAAUGUAUUAGAUCUUACUUUAGGUGUUCUUGUCCCUUCAUGGAUGCUUCUUCACAAUGAUUCUCAUAAAGAAUGGAAUAUUAAUGAUAUUGAUAUGCAAACAUCUUCACCUUUACCACCACGAGCUCCUUUGCAAUUACGGUUUCCAGCUGUUGGAACGGCUAAUGCGGUUCGUCUUGGUCGUGCUACUUAUAUUAUUGGUUUCUGUACAAUGAUUCCACAAAGUGUAUUUGUUCCUUCUAAUGAAAAUACAAGUAAUUUUCUUCGAUCUGUACAAGUGAUGCGUUUAUAUCAACAACAGUUUUCACCUGUAGAUGAUGUGACGGUAGAUAUAAGAAAUACAAGUUUACCCACUAGUGCCACUUUACGAUUUAAUGCAAGUUGUGUUGGAAGUGGGGAUAAUGUGAUUUAUAUUGUAGGAGGUGUUUCUCUUGAAAAUCUUGAACCAUUAGCAUCUGUUUCUCAAUAUAAUGUAGAAACAGGUCAAUUUAUUGAUGCUGGUUGGCUUUUAGAUUCUCCACUUAUUGGACCUGGUCUUUUAGAAAGUAGUGAUUUACUAUUUAUUGUAGGUGGUUACACACAUUCUGGUAAUAAUAAUUAUAAUGAGAAUGUGAAUGAUGUGAAUGUAAGUAGUACAGUCUCUGUAAUUGACCCAGCUUCCUUUAAAACGAAUAUUGGUUCUUAUGAAUGUACACAACCCCUUCAUUGGUAUUCUCCACAGAUUAUUCUAUAUAAUCAUACAUUAGCAGUCAUUGGACCAACCAAUAAUCGUGUAUUUGAUCGUCUACAAGUAUGGGAAGAUCUUAUGCAGGAAUGGCGAUAUGUACAAGAAGUUCCUAUUGGAUUACUUCCACUUCGCACAAAUGCUCUUGUCGCCACAGUUCCUAAAUUAGAUGGAGUGAUUUUAUAUCUUAUUGGGGGAGAAAUUCCUCCACCAGAUGGUUCAGGUGUUUCUUCUGAUGUUUUCACUGGAACUAUGAAUGUAGAUGAUGGUCAUAUUUGUGUGGAUGUGAUUGGAUUUCAUUAUAUUGCCGUUGCCGAUAAAGUAUUACCGCCUUUAUUUGUUUCUCCAGGAUUACAUGCAUGGAGUGUCGGUAUAGACACCAUAGAAGAAGAAGAUGAUGAAAUAAUAACAAGAAGAAGAAGUGAAGUAAAGGAUUCAUUAACUCCUAUACAACCCAUGGAAGAAGAGAAGAAAAAGGAGAAAAAGAAGGAAUUCUAUGAAGAUAAUACAGACAGUUCAUUAUCAUCAUCAUUAUUCUCAACAAUCACAGCAAGAAUAACAGCAAGUCCAACAAUAACAAGAAUGAUAAGUCCAACAAUAACACCAACAGAAGAACCACCAACGCCUCCUCCAACUCCACCGCCUGUUCCUCCACCUAAAGAUUUACCCAAUAAUGAUGGGAAUAUCACUAUAUAUGUAAAUGGAUAUGAACCACUGUGGUAUAAUUUUACAUUUAGUAUUCUUUUCACAGAGAACAUUGCAGAGGCUUGUCCUGAUAUCAAUGAACCUAAUGAUACAAAGGCCUAUCAUAAUAAUAAUGAUAAUCAUCAUCAUCAUAAAGUAAGUGAUAAACCAUGUUUAUUACGAUUAUCUGAUAGCCCAACGUGUAAUGAACCCUUACUAGAUAUUGGUAAUUUAACUUCUGCUAAUACAAAGAAAAUAACCGUGGAAACAAGAGAUCCUAAUACAAAUAAAACCGUAACAAAGACUUAUAUGGCGGUAGGACCCAUAACUCUUGUAGGUUCAUUAGAAAAUGGUAUACUUAACCUUACAUUGGAUCAUUUAUCUUUUGAUGAGAAUAGCAAUUCCAUUAUGUUUAAACGUCGACGUAAACAACCAAGUUUUGGUAAUGAAAGUACAAGUAUAUUUUAUGAACAGUUGUUUGUAUAUAUGUGUUUUUCAAGUGGGGCAUCUAGUUUACCGCAAUGCAAAAAGAAUUAUUAUCAUUCCACAAAUCAUAAAAUGAAUCAACACACAAAACCAUGUACUUCUGCUCUUUAUAAAGUGUUAAAUAUUGAUCGACCAUUUGUUUUAUCACCAGUGACGAAUUGGGUUCCACAGACAACCACUACCACAAGUGCUCCUAUCCCUUCAGAUGAUAAUAGUAUAUCCAAGACUACCAUUGCUUUACUCCUUGUAUGUAUGAUGGUCCUAGUAGUCUUUAUUGUACUAUUAAUUAUAUGUUUACUGAGAUGGCGUAGAAGAAGAAACCGUGAAGAGAAAGAACGACAACGAUUAUUAGGUCCUAAUGGAGGUUACGAAGGUGAUGAAGAUGAGGAUGAGGAUGAAAAAGAACGUAGACGAAAUAUUGGUCGUGGUGCUGCUUUACCAGCCCAUCAAAAACAUGGUUUAUUAGAUGGGAAAUAUCGAGUUCUGCAUAGACUGGGUCGUGGAAGUUUCUCUGUUGUUUAUCUAGUAGAACGCGUAGAGGAUGGAGAACGAUUUGCAUUAAAGUAUGUACAAUGUGCAGAUGAUGUGGAUCGAGUGGAGGCUAUGCGAGAGUGUGAUGUGGCCUUUGCACUACAGGGACAUCCAAAUGUGAUUAAACUUGUGGAUAUGUUUAUGUCCUAUCGAUUUGAUACCCAUCUACAGAAUGGUAAUAAUAAUCAUAAUCAUCAUCAUCAUCAUCAUCAUCAUCAUAAUAAUAAUAGAGGACGGAAGAAUGGAGGAGAUGCAUGGAAAUCCCCAGAUUGUUCAGUUAUUGUACGUGUGGAUAGUGCCAGUGAAAUUCUUCAACAACAACAAGCGGCAUUAACAACCGCAAAGUCUGGAGAACGAUAUCUUUCACUUGUGAUGGCUUAUCAUGAAAAGGGAGAUCUUGGUAAGUGGAUUAGACAACAAAAGUCUGAACCCAUGAUACCAGAAACAACUGUUGUGAGUAUUGCCUAUCAAAUUCUUACCGUUCUUCAGUUUAUGCAUCGACAUAAACCACCUAUUAUACACCGUGAUUUAAAACCAGAAAAUAUUCUUCUUGAAUCUAUUUCUUCUUCCAGUAAAGAAGGAAAAAAAGAUGAAGGAUGGGGAUAUAAUAAAUCAUCUCGAAAUACAGAAGCUUUACGUGUAGUAGUAACAGAUUUUGGACUUUCACGUGUAAUGGAUAAAACCUUUUGUGAAACGGGAGUGGGUUCAUUACCGUAUGUGGCUCCUGAAUGUUGGCAACGUCAUUAUUCUACAAAAGUAGAUAUUUGGGCACUUGGAUGUAUUCUUUACGCGGUAUGUGCAAAACGUGUGGAAAGUGAUAAUGUGAAGGUGAUGUUUAGUGAAUCCAAUCAUCCUGAUUUUAAGAAAAAAUUAUUAGAUGAGUUAACACAAGUGUAUGGAUAUAGUUUGGCAUUAGCGGCCUUUGUGGUGUAUCUUCUUGAACCGGAUCCCGUGCGGCGUCCAAGUGCGGAAGAGGCACUUCGUUUAAUUUGUAAACGACGUAAAGACGCAUUUGGAAAUCCAGAUACCAUCACAACCGUAUCCCUUUAUAAAGAGGAUGAAGAAGAGGAUGAGGAGGAUAAUAAUAAUAAUAAUAAUAAUAAUAAUAAUAAUAAUAAUAAUUCUGGUGAUGAGAAGAAGGAAGAGAAUCAUACUAAUGAUACGAAUAGUAAAAUAGAGAGUAUUCAUGGUGGUGGGUAUGAAAGUAAUAAAAAUAAGAGUAUUGGAUAUUCAGCGGAUAAUAAUAAUAAUAAUAAUAAUAAUAAUAAUAAUAAUAAAAAUGGAGGAAAUACUCCAGAAACAGUUCCAGGAGAAACUACUACUAAUACGAAUACGAAUACGAAUACUACUAUGGAUAUUACUGGUGUUGGGGUUUCUGAUCUUCAUGAAAGCCACAGUCAUCCAACUAUGAGUAAUGGUAGUGGAAUGGACAAUACUUUCUGCACAGAAACGUAUAGUCGUCCCUCUCCAACUCUCUCUCGGUCAACAUUUGUGCAGAAUACAAAUACAACCGUAGAGGCUUCCACACGUGAAGGGAAUUCCAAUGCCGCUUCUUCUAUUCCAUCUUCAAGGAAAAAAUCACGGAAAGAAGAACUUCAUCAACAGAAGUUAAGGAAAUACUUUGGAGAAAUUGUAGAGGAAAAUGAACAAUGUGAUUUCUUUAUUUCCACCGAGUCUCCAUCCCUGUUAACACUACCAGGGCCAACAACCCAUAAAUCCCCAGCGCAUGUGGAAUUAACUAUUGAAAGAACCACAACUUCUACACCCGCGUGGACUACUCCAAUCUUAUCCACUACAACAGUAGUUAAUCAUAUAAAUAGUGAUAGUGAUGGAAGGCGAGUAAACGAAACGGGAAUGGUGGAUUGUCGAAGUAUGUGUGAACUUCCAUCAUCACCGAAAGAUACAAAUGAUGAGAAAUUAAAGAAUAAGAAUAGGAAGAAAAAGAAAAAUAAGAAGGGAAGAAUUAUCCUCGCAUGUGAUGAUGAAUCUAUUAUUGUGAAGGAACCUACACCCUCAUCCUCAUCCUCAUCACCUUCACCACCAAAGUGA